UGUGCUUCAUUUCAGUAAAAUACUUGUUAAACAUCAUAGCUGAUAGAGACUCAGUCAAUGCAAGCCUGGCAGAGUGGUCGUCAACCUUCAGAGAAAUUCACCAAAAGAAGGACUGUGGAGUUUUGGUAACAUGCGCUUGUCGAAAGCUCUGAUAGAAAUGGAUUUGCCAGAUUACACAGCAGCCCUAGAUCCUGCUUACACAACUUUGGAGUUUGAGAAUAUGCAGGUGUUAGCAAUGGGUAAUGAGACAUCUCCAAGUGAAACCACCAACAUGAAUGUGUCUAACAGCCUUGGGGUUGGUGCUCUUUGUGCAAUCUGUGGUGAUCGAGCUACAGGAAAACAUUAUGGUGCUUCCAGCUGUGAUGGCUGCAAGGGGUUCUUCAGACGAAGUGUACGAAAGAACCACAUGUAUUCUUGCAGGUUUAAUAGACAAUGCAUUGUAGACAAGGACAAACGAAACCAAUGUAGAUACUGCAGAUUAAAAAAGUGCUUUCGUGCGGGGAUGAAAAAGGAAGCUGUGCAGAACGAAAGGGACAGAAUAAGUACAAGGAGGUCAAGCUACGAGGACAGCAGUUUGCCUUCAAUUAAUGCUCUCAUACAAGCAGAAGUUCUUUCUCGACAGAUCUCCUCUCCCAUUUCAGUUAUAAAUAGUGACAUCAGAUCUAAAAAGAUUGCUGUGAUAAGUGAUGUUUGUGAGUCCAUGAAACAGCAACUUUUGGUCCUAGUGGAGUGGGCCAAAUACAUCCCAGCUUUCUGUGAGCUAGCACUGGACGACCAGGUUGCCUUGCUACGAGCCCAUGCUGGGGAACAUUUACUGCUUGGAGCUGCCAAACGUUCCAUGAUGUACAAAGAUGUUCUGCUCUUGGGAAAUGACUACAUCAUUCCACGCAAUUGUCCGGAGCUGGAAAUAAGCCGUGUUGCAAUGAGAAUUCUAGAUGAAUUAGUUCAGACGUUUCAGGAGAUCCAAAUAGACGACAAUGAAUAUGCUUGCUUAAAAGCCAUUGUUUUCUUUGAUCCAGAUGCCAAGGGCCUCAGCAACCCUGCCAAAAUCAAGCGCAUGCGGUUCCAGGUACAAGUCAGUUUGGAGGACUAUAUUAAUGACAGACAGUAUGACUCUCGCGGUCGAUUUGGAGAGCUGCUGCUAUUGCUUCCUACUCUACAGAGUAUCACCUGGCAAAUGAUAGAGCAAAUUCAGUUUGUCAAACUCUUUGGGAUGGCUAAGAUUGACAAUCUACUUCAAGAGAUGCUUCUGGGAGGAACUGCAAAUGAAACACCACAUACACACCACUCACUACAUCCUCACCUGGUCCAGGAACACUUGGCAACUAAUGUCAUCGUGGCCAGUGCAAUGCCUGCUCCAGUACACAACGGACAGAUCUCGACACCUGAAACUCCUUUACCAUCUCCUCCUGGAGGUUCAGCAUCAGAGCCAUACAAACUAGUAACAGGCUCUGUACCAUCAGUAUCAAAGCCACCAACAUCCAUUCCAAAACAGGAGGUAAUUUAACAUCUCAUCUGCACCAAUGGGACGCAUUUAACGGCAAAUUUACUAAAUAACUAACUAUACUGAGCUUCUUCACCAAGAGGACUGCAGAAUGCGGUUAUUUUAAUGAGAAUUAUGUUCUAUUUUUACUGAGUGAUGCAAAUGAAUCCAAAGGUUAAAGUUAAGAUAAAUGUUUAAUUUACUAUCACAAAAAUAUUGUACCUUUGUGUUUUCAAGAGUCGGCUGUGGAAACAUUAUUUCAAUUCAUUUAAUUAUCUUGAAUUUUUUCUGUGAAAUGACAAUUAUUUCUUGCAUCUUAAGGGUUGAUUUUAGAGUCAGAGUCACAGAAUCAUACAGCAAAGAAACAGGCCCUUCUGCUGAACUGGUCCAUAUCAAUCAGGAUUCCAAUCUAAGCUCAUCCAAUUUACCUUUAUUUGAUACCUAUUCCUCCAUACUUUCCUACCCAUGUACCUUCCCAUGUACAUUUAAACUACGGUUUUAACUGUAGAUUCUAACAAUAUUUUAAGUACAUCUGCUGAGGUUAGAGCACAGAAGAUGACUUAUGAUUGAAUAAAUUAGCAGAGGGUUCAGACCAAGUUCCUCAUGCUCCUGCUAUCUCAAAACUUAACUGGAACAGUUCAGGAUAAAUAUUAAUUGAAGGCAGAUGCCGGAUUCAUAUCCAAAGAUCACAAUAUGACAUUUCAUCUGUGGCUAUUACCAACUUAAUUGAAAAUUUAGAGUGCAAAAUGCAGAAACUAACGGGGUAGUAAAGUAACCUGGAUGAGAUAUGUUUCUAAAUUGAAAUCCUUCUCCUACACCUUCAAUUCCUUUCCUAUAGUCUAUACCUUCAUUCAAUACUUAUCUUAUCAGGAAUCUUACCAGACCCCUGUCUUACUGGUCUCACCGGCCAGCUCAAUCAUUACUUCCACUGGUCUUGGAUAUAGCCCAGUUCUGAAAUACUUUAUAAAGUGCAGGGUUAUUAAAAGGCUUAACUUGUUGUCGAGGCACACCUGCAUAACAUUCUCUCUACUCUAUACUUGGCUCAGGCUAAAAUCAACCCUUGACUUUUACCAUUGAAUUUUAUUGUAUGAAUUCAAGUUGUAGUAAUGAAAAUACAAAUAAACUACAGAUGCUGGGAAUCUGAAAUAAAAACAGAAUAUGUUGGAAAUAUACAGCUGGACAAGCAGCACCUAUGGAGAAAGAAACUGAUUUAACAUUCCAAGUUGAUGGCUUGAUGGCGGAAAAAGGACAAAAAUCAGAACCAAAUAUAUCUAAAGUUGUAGAAAAGCAAGAGGAGUGGAGAGAACACUAGAAACAUUAGGGUGGAGAGCAAGAGGUGCUGAAUGAUAAGGGUGGUGGUAAUGCAGGGUGAGAGAGCAGUGAAUCACCAAUGAUCAAUCUGGAGGAGUUGUAAAAGAACAGAAAGUAGAGAGUACAAAACAAUUCUGAAACUCUAUGACACGCAUCAUUGCAAUGCUGGAAAUAUGAAAUUAAAGCAUGUUUCUAUUUAAAUCUCCUCCAUACAUUAAUAGACUAUGACUAACAAUUUGUAAGUUGUCUGUUUCCUAAGGUUUCUAGUUCUAAUGAAAGUCAUCAAUUUGUAAUGUUCUCUAUCUCAGAUAUUAACUAACCUGCCAAGUAUUUCCAGCGAUUUCUGUUUUUAUUAUUUCAAAAAUAGUUUCAUGUCUUGACACACUUAAGGAAUCGGAUGUGAUCAAGCAGUAGAACUAGAUACAAACUGGAUUUUGACAUAAACUCAGGGUGAAUUUGUAAGGUUUGGGGUCAAAAUGUUGCUUUUCAUCUUCAAUGGAGCCUCAACUCACUUAUCUCUCUGAAUGUUUAUCAUCUAAUAUUUAUGGUUUUAUAAUAUUUUGGGUUUUUCUAUAAUUUCAUAUCUUUUGUCCCUUCCUUCUUUUAUUUAGUGUAUAUACCUAUGCUAUAUUUUUACAUUUCCCUUGAAACCAUUUCAGUAAGUCAAAUUCAUGUAGAUGUACAUAUUAGAAAAUAGAUUUCGUGAAGAUUAUUUAAAGGUCUUAAAAUAUUUGAAGAAAAAUCACUUAGGCUACAGUGGUGAUAAUCCUCUCAAAAUGUUUAAAGAAAACUACAGUUUUUUUUAAACAAUAAAAGGCAAAACUGAAGCAAGAAUGUACGCAAUAUGUGUAUCUUGCAUGCUGUGUGAGAGUCUCACAUCCAUUUUAUACCUGUUAUACUUAAAUGAUCUAACAAUUUCCCUCGCCUUCAAAAACUUGCUUCUUCCACAUAAUAAUCACAAAAGCAUUUAUAACAGAAGGAUAAAGAGAUCACCCUCUAAUAUUAUGACAGUGACCAUUCUUCAAAAGUACUUUUAGAGGAAGGUGUAAUUUGGAAUGCCCUGCCUUUGUGAAAAGUCCUUUAUAAUUCAAAGUUUUUUCUUUUCCCUUUAUUAUGUUGUUUUGGAAGGAAUGUUUCUGAAGGCACUUCCCUCAAGCCUGUUGUUUCGGUAGAGAAUCAUGGAAAUCCUAGAUAAGUAUAAUUGACUUAGGGAGUCAGUAAUUGUUCCAAAGCCUGCUUCUUUGCUCAGGCAAGUUAUCUACAGUUACAGAUGUUUGCUGCACUGCCAACUAUUAAUAAGAAGAUUUUAUGCAACACUGAUAUUAAUGUAUACAUACUGUAUAUUUGCAAGCAAUAACAAAUGUAAGUUUUCUAAAAGCCCAUAAGUAUAUUUUUGGAAAAAUAUGAGAAGCCUUGUCAUUUUGUGAGACAUACUCAACCAAGUUUAUCAUUUGAAUUCAUGCAAGCUCAGUUUUAUAACUCAGCACUACUUUGCGUGACAAAUUGGUAUGGCUUGGAAUGUCUGUCUCUACUAACAUAAAUUCAAAUACUAUUAAAUUUAAGGUGCACUACCUCAGAUAUAUUUCACUUAAGAGACACACCCUCCAAUAAAUCUAAUUAGGCAGGUCUUCUGUUUUCUCUGUCCUACAAUUUUUAAAUGAGAAUUUUUUUCUAUCUACUAAUAAUGAGCCAUUGAUAAUGUGUUCAUAGUUUACUUUCAGCUUGUCGAGAUAUAUCAUUUAAAGCAAAUUCUACCUUUAAUAGAGGUAUAAAAUGUGAAAAUUUACAGAAGUUAAGCAGAUGCCUAAAUUAUUAAUAAAUCCAAAUACUGUUAUUUUACUGAUUCAAAGCCAGGUUGCAAAGGCUAUUUAGAAAUGAUAAAUUCAGGCAGAUUGUGCUGUGAAUUCCUUCAUCUAUAAGCAGAACUUAAGUGUUCUAGCAUAUUUAUUUAAAAAAAACAAUUUUAUAUCAAAAAAAAUAUUUUAUUCUUAUAUAAAGAAGUCCCCAAAAUCACAUGAAAUAAAUUGUCCUUGUUUAUUCUGGUAUAAUUUUUGGUCCCUCUUAAAAUACAGAGGACCUAUUUGAAUAAGAAGAUCCUCACUGGUUUGUAAAGGGUAUGCUAAAGUACACAGUUUAUAAUGUAAUAAGUGAGAGAACACUUAAAACAUUCUCCUUGAUCCACCAUGUUGCGACAUGUUGAUCUCUGCAAAACUUAGAUAUCAGUUUCUCAAACAAAUUUGCUACACUGCAUAGUAACCAUUGGUGACCCAGAGUUGAUCCAGCCUUAGCUGGACAAUCUGAUGGCUGACCAGACUUUGUCAGGAGAUAGCAUUAAGACAUUGAACAAACUCUGUUAAAAAAAACUGAUUGAUUGCAGGACUGAAUGAAUGUACUGAAGCUAGGAUCUAGGGCAACUUCAACAAUCAAAAUUCAUUACAUAUGUACAUGGACCCUAAAGAUCAAAAAUAAUGUCAGGCCUCUGAAUUGUUAUUCUAAAUCUACAUCAAAGCGACCGCAUAGAUACUAGGUGCCUUCUGUCUCGACAAUCAAUAAGUAUGCUCUGCUCCGACAGUAUCGACAUUCCAAAGCAGCAUGAUGAGCUGAUAUUUCAACUGACUGACUGUGCCAUGAUGUGCCACUCUACAAUACCUUAAGAAACUUAUAACUCAAUGCACUUUGAUAUUCUGAGGAGAGAUGGACUCCCACUGAAGGUUGCAAUGAAAUGAAGAAUGAGGAAGAUCCCACGAUGAGGCUGGCAUUUAAAACAAAACUAUCCAAUCAGAUAUCAUAAUUAUUUACACGUAUACUGCCAAUUCAAGUUAACUCAGGAAUUCUCAGUUUUCAAAAGCUUACUGAAGGGUAACAUCUUGCCCACGUUUUAGCAAAAAUAAUGUUUGAAUAUGUGAAUCUAUUCACAUGAUACAACAGCUUUGUUUUUCAAUGUGUUUUUGUUUUGCAUUUCAGUUAAAUAGAAAUGUUCUUAUUUUUAUUGUCUGUGAUGCAAAUAUGAUGCAUUUACUACAAAUCACAAUUCUGUUAUCAAGGGUUGAUAUCCCAACAAGUUUAGUGACAUUUAUUUUGGCCUUUACUUGUUUGUAAUACAUGUGCCUGUGAUAACCAUUAACAGACUGGUCACUACAAAUUUUGCACUUCCUAUUUUUGAAUUACUUCAGUACUUUCAGCAACUGGGUGUUUUUCACUUGGUCAUAACUGCCAGGGGCUCAAAAAUGUUUAAAAGAAAAUAAUUCUUGAUAUAACUGUGGUCAAGUAGCAUUUAUUUGUAUAUAAUAAAUAAAACUAAUGUUGCUAAUUACUUUAUUCUAAUAUGGGUGUAAUUUUUCUUGUAACUAUGACAUUAUUAUCAUAAAUAAUAUUGAUGAUUAAUGACAAUUAAGACACUAAUGAUAGUUCUUUAACAUAUCUGUACUCUGUAUAAUUUUUUGACCUUGCCAUUUUCACUUUGCAAGGUAUUCCCUUAUUGGUAUUUCUUUGCAAAAGAAAAUGUUGCUACAAGUCUCUGAUAAAUACUGCCUCAUUACUCAAUACUGUAAUUAUUAACAUAUUGUUGCCAUUCUUUUAAUCCAUGUAAAAACAGAAAUAAUAAAUGAGAUAUUUUCUAUGUUUUU